CGCCAGUCUUCCACUGACCGGCAUCGCGUCCGCACCACGCACAACAGCGAGCCAAAAAAACUAAAGACGAGAACAACGCUAACAAAUAUUGUAGUUUCGUGUAAUCCGAAUUGUGCCGACUGUCGAAUAACACACAAAAUCGAAAGCGCAUUUUGUUAUUAUUGGCCAAGGAUAAAACGUCACGACAAAAUUGAAUUCGAUUGAACCAGCGUUUUACCGUUCACCGUUCAUCUUUUCAUUUGUGAGCGCAAAUAUUAAAACAAAACCAACAAGUCAAGUGGCCAAGGCAAUUGACUCAUCAUUUCAUUGAUUGCGACUUGUGGUUCAAGAUUACGAGCCCGUCACGUUAAUACACUCCACUCAAUCAGCAAUGGCUCAGCAAGACCGGAUGAUGACCACAUACCUGAGAUCAGCCAUCACGGCAAUGAUUCUACUCCUUCUCACCUACCCAUCGCUGCUAACAGGGACGUCUUCGGGACUUGUUAUGGUGGCUGAUACCUCGGCAGGAACAACUUGCACUUUUACGUCGAGGAAUUAUGCGGUCGGUGAUGUCUGGUAUCCGCGACUGGGUCAACGAGGAGCCCUUCAUUGCGUCGCUUGCAUUUGCCAAGAGGGUGGUAAAAUCAACUGCACCAUCCACGAAUGCGGUGGAGAGGAGUGCACCUCGCCGGAUUCUGCCGCCACUAACGAAUGCUGCAUUCACUGCGCAAAAGAGGCAAAAUCUUCGACUUUGAUGGCCGCAUCAACACGUCCUGCCUCUCUCUAUCCGGAUGAAGUACCAGUCUCUUCGUUUUCCUCUUCGGAUCUGAGUGGCAGUUCGACGUCACCCGGCGUCACCUGCUUGCACAAUGGCAACGUUUACCGUCACAAGGAGCGUUUCACGUCGACCAGCAUCGGCCUCAAACCGGAACAUCCCAACCAAUGCGUUCAAUGCUCCUGCGAGGGCGGAAUGGUGAUGUGCCAACUCAAAGAUUGCCCUAAAGCCGACUGUGAAAAGCCGAUCCGGACCAAAGACGAUUGCUGCCCUGUCUGUCCAGAUCCAGCUGGUAGAGUGGACGAAAUGGACAAUUCCCCCGUUAUUAUUCAACAGCAGACGGAUGGAGCAAGCGGGAAAAUGGAAGAUUGUAUCUCCGGUGGCCGGUAUUACCUUCACGGGACGACUUGGCAUCCGGUAAUGGGCCCGUUCGGGCCAAUGGACUGCGUCAAUUGCAAAUGCAAAUCUGGUAGGAUCGAGUGCCAACGUCUGGAAUGUCCCAGCCGGCCGGCACUCAACUGCGAAAGACCAGUCAAAGUGGCCGGCCGCUGCUGCCCGGUCUGUCCGCUCAUUGAAGGAGACAUUCAAGGCCCCGUGACGCCUUUGCUCUCGUCUUCGCCCAUCACUGGGACGCGGUCCAACAUUCAAGGAACAUCUGGAAUUGACAGUAGCAGCAAAAUCAGGACAUCUAAUCGACCUUUGCUGCCCAGUUCCUCGUCUUCGCUCAUCAAGUCCUCCACCCAUCAUGCCAACUUUACGCUGUGCUUGCCCAAAGAAUACGACGUCGUUGUCUACCGCGCACAAGGAGGCGGCAAUGCUUCUGAUUUCAUUCAGUACAUCUUCCAGCAAGUGGUCAACGGCUAUGCCAUUGAACACCAUCUAUGGAUGCUACAGCCCACGGUGACAACUUACAAAGUCCAAGAUCUGACCAAGGACCAGUCUGAGGCUCUACGUCAACGUUUUCGCUUCGUCCUUCUUGGUGCCACAGCAAAAAAACAUGUCAAACGAUUCACCAAGCGCGAGAAGAAAUUGAAACCAAAGUGUUUGCCGAACUCCGGUUGCCCGAAGAAGAUCCGCCGUCUUGAAAGAAACCUCGUUCUCCAGGAAGUUACCAGCCGCAGAGCGUGUUUACCAAUCGAAGUGGAAGCCAACACUCGCUGAACUCAAAUAUUUUAACCCGUCCCUGCUUGCGACUCGUCUGAGCCGCACCUUUUAAAUUAUCAGUCCUACAUCCAACGACGAAUUAUUUCAACUGAAAUGCAAACUACAUAGACCCUCUUGACAUUUACUCUCGGUGGCUCGGGUCUAAGCAGACGUGGUGUACGGUACUCGGUCGCGGGAACAAUACCCGAUAUGAUUCCGUGGAAACAUAAAACUGAAACAUAUGCUUUUCUUCGCAUUAUCGCCGACGAAUUCCAUGUAAUCCUCUGAUAGUUCUCCAUCGAUUUGGAGCACUUUGUAUUGAUGUAAGAAAAAGAGGCUACCUAGUGAUGAACGCAGUUUAUGAAAAGGGCAAAUAAGUAGGCCAUCUUUUACACCUGUUAUGUUACGUACCUUGAUUUUAUUGAUUUAAGUAACCGACGCCUAAAAGAAGCAGAUGUUUUUUUUUUCCAACUUUGUCCAAACAUACAACUCAGCAUUUAAGAGAGAAGAAUACUCCGUUCUCGCAUCAUUGUCCCAAAUGAUGUCAGGUUUACAAAAAUUAUGGCCACUACGUUUUUGACACUUCUUUCCUCAUCGUUUCAUCCAGUGUUGUAUUUAAAAACGAGAAACACGAAGCUAAUUUAAAAACCUAUAUAAAUGUAUCCGAUUUCCAUGUAAAUCAGUCACUAGUAUACAGUGAUCAAUCAUUGCAGAAAGAUCCAAGCCGGAAGCUUGGCCGCAAAAAUCAACAAAGCCGAAUUGCAGGUCCACCUUUUAAAGUUCUGAAAGCAACCUGUUCGCAGUGAGUGCAAACGUGUGUCUCCAAUAGCUAAAUGCGUGAAUGCUGACGGCACGAACGUCAUACGUGUGGCUCAAUAUCCCUCAUUUCACGCUUGUCCUUGAGCGAGUGUUCCGCCUGUAAAGGAAUGCCGACAACUCACGUGAGUGUCGUAGCACGCCGAGGAAGACUUGAAAAUGGGAACGAUACAAAAAUCCUGUCAAUUCCCCAUGAAUGUUGUCUGUAGAAUCAAAUCCUUUGUCGCUGGCCGAUGUAGACCCGGAUUAUUUAACUUCGCUGGUCUUCCGCAUAUAUCCAUCACGCAUUCAUUAUUCCUUUUGUUUUCGUGAGAUUUCAUCCUUGUCCGUGAAGGUUUGGUGAUGAUACUCGAUUGUUUAUUGGUCGUUGAUUAGAUACAUUGCUUAAGCUAUGCAUUGUGAAUUGCGACAUCCGGCCAAUGGUCUAUGUGCUAACAAUAUGUUGCUAAGUUUGUUUUAACUAGAGACUCAAUUUCUUUAUACCAAGUCAUAA